CGGCUCCAAUUAGACACGACGGCAGAGCGAACACAUGGCCACCUUAGCUUCACCCUCGCGCUUGCCCACGUACUCUGAGAAUUCGAGCGAUGCUCGAAUUCUGAGCUCACUCUGAGCCAUUCUGCUCGAUCGGUCUUCGAAUUCGCGAGGAUUUCGCCACAUUUCGAAGGUGCUGGGAAGGGAAGAUUGGAAGGGAGGGUCAAUUUCUGCUCGUAAUCGAAGGCAAUGCUUUCGCUGGUGGCUUCGAGCAGUUGUUCAGGGGGAAUUGUGUGCAAUCGCUGCCGGGGGGUGAGAGAUUCUUCGCCGAGGGCUUCUGGUCGUGGAGCCUCGGCGGAUGGUGUGCGGCAGGUGCGCUCGGUGGUGUCUCCGAAUCCUGACGAGCUGAGGUUUUUUCGAGGGUCCGUCAAAGCGGCGGAGAUCAAGCGGCCGCUUUUGAGAUUGAUUCGGAGCUGCGCCCGUGAGACGACCGGCUGCGGGGUGUCGUUCGCCCCGGGGGAUGAUGCAGGCAGACGACCGACGUCCUCUCUCGAAGCUCUUCUGCCACCUCGUGUGAAGGCUUUUUUCGCGCAGCGUGUUCUUGACCGAUGGGUCCACGAUCUCCCUCGAGAAUUCUCGACGAGUUUUUACUUCCGGGGCCUUGUGGCUUCCAUACUGACCUCCAUUUUCUUCUCGUGCACUCCUACUGCAGACGCCAUAAGUCUCUUUCCUCCGAGGGUAGCCGGAAAUGCGGCCCCUGUUAGUGCUGGAAACGUGUCGAACCAAGAUAUGCAAGACAGCGAAGCUUUUCGUGCGAGGGUUACCGCAGCGAUCGAUUUACUGGAGAAGGGUCAAAGCGCGCAGGCACGAGGCGAAUUUUGCAAGGCUCUCGAUUUUUACGAGGAGGUCAAACAAACAGCAGGCGACCUGGCUUUAGCUGAGUACGCCCGAGUCGGGCAUGCGGUGACGCUUUAUGAGGUUGGGGAUCGUAGCGAGGCGAUAACUGAGAUGGAGGACGUAUCUAUCGCACUCAGAGGUUAUCCAGAAAUUCAUGCAGCUCUGGCUGCAGCUUUGUAUGUUGACAAACACGCAGCGAUGCCGGCAGAAAAGCAGUUCAAUAUAGCAACAUUACUGGACCCUCGCUACACGAAUCUCAAGUGGGUUCAAGAGAAUAAACACUGGCCACCCAGCCUCCUGAACUCCCUCAAAUUGUUCAUCUCUUUGCAGUGAUCUUGUACAUAAUUACUAGCUAAAAUUAGCAAGGUGCUACUUCCAUUUCAUUCAUGUCAUACCUCGUUUGACCUGUACCAUAGUUACCUUUCAGGUUAUCACAUCUUGAGCCCCAUAGGGGCAUGAAUUUUUCAACUUCUAGGACAAAGUUGUCGACAGAUUCAGCUUAUUUGGGGGUGUAGGUUACGGCUGUGUGCCAAUUGCGCUCAUGUAUUCUCUUUCUAUCUAUUUCGGAUAGGUUACGAAAAUGUUUAGGAAACGUUCAACAUGUCCUUUGAGUUCACAAGAUGAUGUAUUAUACUGAACACUGAACGAAGUGCAGCUUGAAAGUAAAGCCGUUGUCAUCUAUGGUUUG